AAAUAGCAUAGCAACAUGAAAUUCUUGAGUGUUGGAUCCUUUUUGGCCUUGUCCGGUUUGGCUGCUGCUGGAAGCUUGCAUCAUGGCGGAGCAAGUGGUUAUAGCUCAGUAGUCAAUCAUGGUGAUAGUUAUCAUGGCCAUGGUUGGUCUGGACAUGGUGGUGCCGGUUAUGGCGGCCAUGGUGGAGUUUCUUAUAGCCAUAGUAGUGCUGGCUAUGGUCAUGGUGGUUCUGGAUAUGGCCAUGGUGGUGCUGCUGGUUAUGGCCAUGGUGGAUGGGAUCAUCAAGAUUAUCAUUCGUAUCCCCAAUACCAAUUUGAAUAUGGUGUACAGGACUCUAAGACUGGCGAUAUGAAGAAUCAAUGGGAACAUCGGGAUGGUGAUAAUGUACAAGGUAGCUACUCCCUAAAGGAAGCCGAUGGCACUACUCGUGUGGUGGAUUAUCAUGCCGAUGGUCAUCAUGGUUUCAAUGCUGUGGUCAAGAAGUUGGGUCAGGCCAAUCAUGCAGGUGCUUAUGGAGGACAUGGUUACGGUCAUGGCUAUGGCCAUGGACAUGGUUAUGGUCAUGCCACCAGUUAUGCCAAAGUUAAAUUGCAUUAAUUUACCGAUGACGAAUUUCUGAUGGAUUUGUUAUUAGGAUUUGCGGCUAUGGAUAUUUUUGUUAUGUGUUGAAUCUACUGUUCACCAAUACAUAUUUUCUGAAAAUAGCUGGAUAAAUACAUUAAGAACAUUUUGAAAUGGAAAUCAACAUUGUUUGAUUGUUAAAAAAAA